GAGCAAAAUAAGCUUUGGAAUUCAGUGUCCAUUAAAAUCAGGACGAAAACUUGCAAGUUAUGAAAUUUUGAAUCCUAGUCGCUUUAGAUAUGUAUAUUAAAUACAUAUACAUCCUUCACAUUUUAUUUUUGUUAUAUAUAAAUACAUGCAAUACUAUAGUAGUUUUAGUAGCAUAUUUCCUAUACUAAUUGACUAAUGAGCUUCAUUUUUGGCUGCAUGGAAACACCUACCUUAAAGAUAACGCAUGGCUUAUUUUGUUAAUUUCUUAUUUGCCGUUUUUAACAUAGCAAUAAUUUAACACUGACCGCAAUUUUCAUGCUCAUUUUCUCUUAUUUUUCACUUGACUAGUCACGUUUCACUAGACACACAAUUAUCCUUGUUUUCUUGCUAGAGGGUUUUUCAUUCUAAACCCACAAUUAUCAUGCACAUUUACUCACACCAUGCACGUCCACCCAUGCAUGAUCAUGCCUAGAGAUUAUGAAAUACCAAAUAAUCCCUGAGUAUGGAAUGAUGUUUUCUCUCUGAACAAAAUCAAUUGUGCCAAUUGAUAAUUGAAGAAUUUUCCAUCCCUAUUUUGCUGCAGAAACGGUCAUUCAUUUAAAAAUAUAAUAGGCGCAUAUUCUCAUGCACUAUAAAUAUGCACACACAAAAUUGGAGGACUUGAAUGAUGUACGUAGAACAGGCCAAAGAACUAUCUAAGAGUAGAAUAGCCGUACAUAUAGAAAAAAAUUAUGAAGAAGCCAAAGAUAACAGCCUUUAUUAAAGCACUGAACGUACGCAUGAAGAAAGAACCGAUCACUCUCCGAUACAUUCAUAUCCUUGGCACCGUUGUCUUCUUCACCUCCAUCUCAUCUCUUGUCAUCCUCCUCGCUCUUUACCUCAACCAACGACUCCAAACUUCACUCUUCCUCCAAAACGAUCCUCUCACUUAUCCUACUCUUUCUCCUGCUCCCCCUCCACAUGGCAGUGACAUGGCGGACGAAGAGCUGAUGCGUCGAGCAGCAAUGGCACCACGUGAAGCGGUGAUGGAUGAGACUCAUCCAAAGGUUGCCUUCAUGUUUCUGACGAGGUGGAACUUGCCUUUGUCCCCUCUUUGGGAAAUAUUCUUCAAAGGCCAUGAAGAUUUUUAUUCCAUUUAUGUACAUACAUCGCCGGAGUUCACUGAGGAGCCACCAGAAUCUUCAGUAUUUUACAAGAAACGCAUACCAAGCAAGACCGUUGAAUGGGGACAAUCCUCCAUGAUGGACGCAGAGAGACGUCUUUUAUCGCACGCGCUUCUAAAACCAUCGAACUCUCGCUUCGUCCUCCUCUCCGAGACAUGCAUCCCUCUCUUUAACUUCACCACAGUCUACACUUACCUCAUGGGCUCCACUCGCUCUUUCCUCGGCUCAUUCGACGACCCAAGGCCCAUGGGCCGAGGCCGUUACAACCCCAAAAUGCUGCCACACGUGUCUCUCUCUGACUGGCGGAAAGGAAACCAGUGGUUCGAGCUCUCACGGACAGUCGCCGCCGAGAUCAUCUCCGAUGACCGGUAUUACAACGUCUUCAAGGAUCACUGCCGGCCGCCUUGUUACAUCGACGAGCAUUAUAUUCCGACAUUGGUGAACAAAAUAUGUCCGGAAAUGAAUUCGAACCGGACCGUGACGUGGGUGGAUUGGUCAAGGGGUGGAUCCCAUCCAGCGAGGUUUGUGAGGAAGGAUAUCCAGGUCGGGUUCUUGGAUAGGAUCCGGUUUGGGUCGAAUUGUAGCUACGAGGGUGAGGUGACGAACGUGUGUUUUCUUUUUGCGAGGAAGUUUCAUGUGAGCACCCUCGAGCCUCUCAUGAAGAUUGCUCCAUAUUUGUAUGGAAUUUAAAAACUUUAAAUCAUUGGUAAUAAUGUAUUUAAAUUAAAAUAUUCUAACCAGCCAAA